CACAUACACACACACACACGCACACACUCACACACACACACAGCAGCCAUAUGGCACAGACACGCAGCGCUCUCACUCAGAACCCUCUGGAGAAAACAUGGGGGCCGUGGAUGAGGAGCAGGCUGAGCCAGCGGAGAGGCUCGUCGGUUCCUCAGUUCACCAACUCUCCCACCAUGAUCGUGAUGGUGGGCCUGCCGGCUCGGGGGAAGACCUACAUCUCCAAGAAGCUCACCAGAUACCUCAACUGGAUCGGCGUCACCACCAAAGUGUUCAACAUCGGUCAGUACCGGCGCGACGCCACGCGCUCCUACAACAGCUACGAGUUCUUCCGACCCGACAAUGAAGAGGCCAUGAAGAUACGCAGGGCCUGUGCUGUCGCCGCCCUGCAGGACGUAUGCGAGUACUUCACCAGAGAGCUGGGUCAGGUGGUGGUCUUCGAUGCCACCAACACCACUCCGGACCGCCGGGACCUCAUCCUCAACUUCGCCAAGGACAACGGCUACAAGGUGUUCUUUGUCGAGUCGCUGUGUGACGAUCCAGAAAUCAUCGCGGAGAAUAUCAAGCAAGUGAAGCUCAGCAGUCCGGACUACGUGGGCUGCGACAAGGAGGAGGCCGUGGCCGACUUCCUGAAGAGGAUCGAGUGCUACAAGCUGACCUACGUCCCUCUGGACGACAGCAAGGACAGGAACCUGUCCUACAUAAAGAUCUUCAACGUGGGCAGCCGGUACCUGGUGAACCGGGUCCAGGACCACAUCCAGAGCCGCAUUGUGUACUACCUGAUGAACAUCCACGUCACGCCGCGAUCCAUCUACCUCUGCCGCCACGGCGAGAGCGAGCUCAACCUGCUGGGACGCAUCGGAGGAGACUCAGGGCUGUCCCCCCGGGGGACGCAGUACGCUGCUGCUCUGGGACAGUACGUCCGUGAACAGAGCAUCAAGGACCUGAAGGUCUGGACGAGUCACAUGAAGAGAACCAUCCAGACGGCCGAAGCUCUGGGAGUCCAGUACGAGCAGUGGAAGGCCCUGAACGAGAUUGACGCCGGUGUGUGUGAGGAGAUGACAUACGAGGAGAUACAGGAAAACUACCCAGAGGAGUUCGCACUGAGGGACCAGGACAAGUACCGGUACCGCUACCCGAAAGGAGAGUCCUACGAGGACCUGGUGCAGCGCCUGGAGCCGGUCAUCAUGGAGCUGGAGCGGCAGGAGAACGUGCUGGUGGUCUGCCACCAGGCCGUCAUGCGCUGCCUGCUCGCCUACUUCCUGGACAAGAGCGCCUACGAGCUGCCCUACCUGAAGUGUCCUCUGCACACCGUCCUCAAGCUCACCCCCGUGGCCUACGGUUGUAAAGUGGAAUCUGUCUUCCUCAACGUUGAAGCUGUGAACACUCACCGAGAAAAACCUGUGAACGUGGAUGUGGAUCGCGACCCGUCGGAGGCCCUGCAGACAGUUCCGGAUCACAUCUGACAGCAGGGGGCCGUCCCGAUGGACCCCUGCCGGGAGGCGCCGCAUCCCACCGCAGGACCCAGGACCCACCGCCGCGGCGGCGAGUAAAGCUCCCGGACGCCGCAGUGGAGCGGGGCGAGAGCAGGGCGGCGUGGGGCGGAGCGCUCCGCAACAUGAAGGACAGACAGUACUCUACUUCCUGUUUCCACGCAUCAGGACGCCAGCAGCACGUUUCCCGCUAACUGCCCGACGCCACAGCGUGCCUCCUGCUAGCCGUACGGCGGCGUCCUGCUAGCCGUACGGCAGCGUCCCGCUCGCUGUCGUCAGAUCUGUUUGGUUUCUCUGCAUCAGGAAACAGAUGUUUUCACAGCUGACUCCAGGCUCCAGAAACGUCAGAUGAGGUGAUCAGAUGUUAGCAUCUGGCAGAUCGUGAACUCUUUCUUUCCAAUUGACGUGAAUUCUUAUAAUUUUUAUCGUUUUAAAAUUUUAUCUCCACUUCCAGAUCUUUUUCCUCAGGGAGCUUUGCUGUCGGUUGUAAAACGUUGUUAUUCUGUUUGAUUGUCAUGCUGAAUUGAGUUCAGACCGGUACCCUGGAAUUUCAUACAUUUCUAAACCUUUUACAACUUUUCAGAAUCACCUGAAAACUUUGAGGAGGUCCAGGAAUUCCAGUGACCUGAUUGGUCGGUGACCAGGACUCUUCAGGUACCAUGGUAACCAGGACUCCUCAGGUUACCGUGGUAACCAGGACUCCUCAGGUUACCGUGGCAACCGGGACUCCUCAGGUUACCGUGGUAACCAGGAGUCCUCAGGUUACCGUGGUCACCAGACCUUUUCAGGUUACCGUGGUGACCAGGACUCUUUAGGUUACCGUGGUAACCAGGACUCUUCAGGUUACCGUGGUAACCAGGAAUCUUCAGGUUACCUUGGUAACCAGGACUCUUCAGGUUACCGUGGUGACCGGGAUUUCUCAGGUCACCACGGUAACCAGAGCUGUGGGCCAGCUGAUCGUCUGAUGCUGUUUCUUGAUGCAGAUUUAUAGUAUUUUUGGGAGAAAACAUCUCAGGAGUCUUUUAUUUUACUGUCAAUAAAAACGACACACAACAGCGUCAGUGUUUGUUCUGUCGCUUGUGUCAACAGGAGUUCCUUUGGUUCCAUAAAAAUAACUUCUACCUUUAUGUCCGAGCAAUAAAAUGAAAGUGGAA